AUGGCUGGAGCUUUGAUCGGAGAGGCCUUUAUUUCCGCUUCCAUUCAGGUGAUUUGUGACAGAAUUGCCUCACCCGAGUUCAUCGACUUAUUUCGGCACAAGAAACUCGAUCAACCUCUCCUCAUGAAACUGAAGAGGACCCUGUUGACCUUGAACGCAGUGCUCGAUGAUGCAGAGGAGAAGCAAAUUGAGAAACCAGCUGUGAGAGAGUGGCUUGACGACCUCAAACAUGCAGUCUUUGAUGCGGAGGACUUGCUGGAUGAGAUCAACUAUAAAGCUUUGCGAUGCAAGCUGGAAGGUGAAUCUCAAACAGCCGACAAAUUUACCAACAAGGUGUGGAACUUCCUCCCUACUUCUCGUAAUAAGUUUUAUCAAAGCAUGAAUGUUAAGAUACAGGAGUUGUUACGAAAACUAGAAGACUUUGUACAACUGAAAGGUGCUCUUGGUUUGACAGAAGUUGUUGGGAGGAAGGUUUCACAAAGAACUCCAACAACUUCCUUGGUUCAUGAACCUUUUGUAUAUGGUAGAGAUGAAGUCAAAGAAAAUUUAUCAAAAGUGUUGUUCUCUGAUGAUGCUAGCAAGGAGGAUGUGUCCGUCAUUACCAUUGUUGGAAUGGGUGGGGUUGGCAAGACAACCCUUGCUCGAAUGCUUUACAAUGACAAUAAGGUGAUAGAGCAUUUUACAUUUAAAGCUUGGGCUUGUGUUUCAGAAGACUAUGACGCUAUCAGGGUAACUAAAACUCUUCUUGAGUCAGUCACUUCAAAACCUUGCAAUACGACAGAUCUGAAUUUGCUUCAAGUUGAACUAAGAGAACAACUCAAGGGGAAGAAAUUUUUAUUUGUGUUGGAUGACCUUUGGAAUGAGAAAUAUACUGAUUGGAACUGUCUCCAAACUCCUUUUACUUCAGGGGCAAGGGGAAGUAAAGUCAUCGUAACAACACGGAACAAAAAUGUAGCAUCUUUCAUGCAAAAUGUUCCCACUCAACCCUUGGAACCAUUGUCGCAUGAGGAUUGUUGGUCAUUACUUGCAAAACAUGCGUUUGGAAAUGUAAGUUGUAGUGCAUAUCCAAGCUUGGAAGAAAUCGGCAAGAAAAUUGCACGAAAGUGCAAUGGGUUGCCUUUAGCUGCACAAACACUUGGCGGUUUGUUACGUUCCAGGUUAGACUCGAGGUAUGGAAUAGAGUACUAA